UAAAGUAAAAGUUCAAGAUAAGUCAACUCCCUUCAGUCAGACUCUUCACAAGGCUCAACGCAAUAGCCUGUAGCACACACCCAAAUUAGUUUGAGAUGGCCCUAUUUCAAUAAAACAAUACAUAAUAAAAUAAGUCAUUAUAGACAAUUCAGUGUUUGGGCAGUUUAUUCACAUUAAAUUGUGGCAACGUGGCAACAAAUAUGAGUCAUAUAUUAUCUUAAUUUGUUUACAAUGUUUGUUUGUUUCUUUAAUUUUGUUUUCCAUAAACUGAUCACUUGAUACACCACGUUGAAAACGCGCAACCUUUACUUUGAAGGCCAUCUGUCUCAGUUUCCGGACCUUGACUUCCUCGCCUCAAUUUUUAAAGUGUUUAAGUUGUUUACUGCAGUUUUAGUUCGCACAAUUGUGUUUAAGUGUUUAAGCCGCCUCCGCUAUCAGAGAACGAAGUCACACGUGCCAGAAAACAUUUGUAGACCAAUGAUAUUUGGCAAUACCCAACAACUGACAUCCGGAAUGUCUUUGAAUAUAAUAAUACAAUUCCAACUGGCUGCUAUGACAACCUCAUGUUUCUUGUGAAAAAGCUGGUUUAAAUGUUGUUGUUGUUAUUAUUAACAACUGGACGCCGUUCAACAGUGACAAAAUGAUGCCAGGAAUAAAUCCCCGCGUGACAGCAACUCCGAAACACUUCGCGUGCGCACUGGCACCGUUUCCGCGCUCCACCUGGAUUCACCCACUUGUUCCGCAUGACAACUUCGACCGUGUCUGCAAAAACAUCUGGAGAAGAGCAAACCUAGCAGAGCAGAGGGAUAGGGCCCAUAGGGCACCGGACAACACACCAAGUCACCGGGCCGAGGAGCAGCAGAACGAGGCACGCGAUUUGGCUCUGCGCUCACGACGUGAGGACGACGAGCGCCAACACCACGAAGCCGUCCCCCUUCCUUGCCCUCGUCUCUCAGGCCACAUACGUCCCCAUGUUGCAAAGCCUGCACAGGAACUGAACCCUGUGAGGAAGGAAGAGAUGAAACAAAAUGAGGAGGGAAAAGAAAAUGUGGAAGAUGCCGGAGACGGACAAAGCAGUGUGGCAAAUUACAUCGAGAGGAUUUGGCUCCCCCGGUCCAGCAGCACAGUGGACAAACAGAGCUCUGCUCCGGAAAAUCAACCUUCGGGGAUGAAUUCCAUCUGCUCUGCCGCCGAGGACCACACCCUGCCCCCGGGGGAUGAGGAAGAUCCUCAGCUUGCUCUGUUGAAAAAUGAAGAUGUGAAGAAUGCAAGUCGCAGUUGUGACAGCCAUUCUAGCGAUGACGACAACGAUUAUGACACUGGACCUGGGGCGAGAAGUUGUGGCACUGAUGACAGGGAUGGUGACUCAGAGAGGGGAAACAGUGACUGUGAUGAAGAGGAGAAAAAGAUUCCAUACUCCUUUCAUGAGUUAUGGUAUGACAGAGAGCAGGAUUCCCCAUCUUCUUGCACAGAGAAGGACUUUCCACCACUAUCUACCAUAAAGUCUGUCAUUGUACCAUGUCCCACUGAGCUUCCAGCCUCGGGGAAGAUACAUAGCCAGUGGGAGAUUCCGCUUUUAUUCUGCCCACAUCACAGUCCCACUGCCACUUUUGCAAACGGCGGGGCCACCCAUGCGCCGGCUCCUGUCCAAGGCAAAGCAGAAGCACCUCGGGCAAACUCUCGAAACUACGCAGCAGCAGCAGCCUCAACGCAGCAGGAAGCUUAUGACCUCCUGGCUGAUUUCCCGGCUCUGCAGGCCUCAAAGGAACCUCUGGCGUUGGGUGUAUUCCAUGAUGGGAAUCCCACGAGCAACGAUGCAGAGGGUAAAGUCGGACAUACUCGCUCACAAAACCAAUGCCAAGAGAGCAGGGCUUACCAUCGGAGGAGGACGGGAAAUGUGUCCCACAAGGUCCACAUCCGUGCAGGAGAUCACAAAUAUGUACUGAACAUUCAAACAUUUGACCACGGUAUAUCUUCUUCCAUCAGCUGUGAGGAACCGAAGGCCAACAACCAGCCGCCUCCGAGAGCUACAGAUGGCGUGGACGCUAAUGGCAGGUCCUGGACUCGCGCUGCCAAGGCGGGCAUGAAAAGAGAUUGGCAGACCUUAUAGCCUUCAGCAGAUAGAUACCAUCAACCGAGUCAAAGCUCAGUAUUCUGCUGCUCAGAACUUCUCCAACAAAGGGAUUCCUUGCAAUCGGGUACCCACCCCUCUGUUGCAUGGGCCCCAACCGUGCAACCAAAACCCGUUUGUUCAACCCGAUUACCCUCCAACAUAUCAGAUGAGAGGGAGGCCGGCUGUCUUUAAGUAUGAGUCCUAUAAUGUUGAUGUCAAAGAAGUAGCAGGACACUUCAGGGAAUCGGACCCCAUCCCAGUCAACCAGGAGUACCAUUACCAGUGUCUUUUGCUUUUUGAGGCUACAUCGGAGGCCAGGGGGUCAAAGGGCUAAACACAGCCACGUGUGACGACAGCUGGUGCGAUCGUGUUUGUGCAAGAAAUUGCCAGCGGGAAGAAAUGAUCGAGACUAAUAUUUCCCCCCCCCCGAUAGCAGCCGAAUAAAUACGUGCAUCAUGCAGCCGUGGUUAACGUUUAUGUGUAAUCUACCGCUCUUUUGGGACAGAACCAGUGAGAUUCAUCAAGCGAAGCAGAGGCAAAGGACACAGCCGACACCAGUCAGUGCUUCCGUUCAUUAGGGAGCAUACGCAUGCUGUGCACACACACAAGUGAGGCCCUAAAUACAAAAUGCAAACUGUAUGCACUUUGCAAAUGAAUUGAGUGAUGCGUAGUAAUAACACAAUCUCAUUGUACUGUGGUGUUAGUGAAAUGGCGAUUAUUCAAACAGUGCAGUCCUUUUCGCCAGCGGACCUUCUCAUACAUAAUGCAUCCAAAUCAUUGCAUUUUUCCUCCAUUCUGGGCUACAAUGCAUAUUUCAUCAAGUCAGUGAAAUAUUAAGCACUCUUACAAUUUGAUAUUCUCUUCGAAAGGGGAUUUCAGUUUUCUUCACAUCACUCGUGUCUUCUCCGGGAACAAACCCACGGGGUGUGUGUUUGUUUGGCAUGUUUUGUUUAUUGAAGAGAUGUUUGAUUGGUUCAUGCUGGAGUAAUGAUCAAUGAGCCCGCCAAUCAAUUCAAGAGAUUAUCAUGGCUCAGAGGUCAUUGAUCUGUAAGUGGGCUCAGCGCUGAAUGGCAGGUUGGGCUCAUGCCAACGGAUUUGAUUGAAAUUAGAGAGGCUCACAGCUUCUCUGCCUCCUUUGCAAUCAAAUUUCAAAUGUCAACUGUUAUUCAGGUGGAGAGAUUGAUGAGAAAUUGGUGGAGGAGGGGGAGGAGGAGGAAGAGGACAGAGGCGUGUUUGGGGCAUUAAGUCAAUAAUUUAAAAGCAAAGCUUCUUUCCCCUCAAACUUAUUUUAGAAUGAAUGCGUGACAAUGAACCUCUCGCACACAAAGUUACUGCCCUCGAUUUUUAUGGUGACGACUCGAACUAAUGAAAAAUGAUCACUUCUCUUCCGAAUGUCAAUGUGUUCUUUGCUGAAUAGGAAAAGGUUUGCAAGAAUAAAAGUUUCAGAAGAUGUGGCCCAAAUUUGACAUUUGUUGUAAACAUUUGUUAUUUUAAAAAAAAUGACCCUCUGGCAGCGGAGCAAGUGAUGUUACUUCUAGAACCUUGCAGCUGAGAGAACUAAAACUUGAGGGAUGAUUCAGGCAGAUUUGUGCAAUUUACACCGUUAUUUCUAAUGAUAGAGAAGAAUAUCAAAUAAGAGUUAGAUGAGAAAACUGACUCUUCUAUGCUAAAUAAUGCUUCAACCAGGAGACAGUUAGCUUAGCAUAGAGAGUGGCAGCCGGGGGAAACAGCUAGCCUGGCUCUGUCCAAAGGUGAAAAAAACUCACUAAUCAACACAUACAUAGUUUGUCAGACAGGCUAGCUGUGGUCCUGGCCAUAGCCUUAGAUUAAAUGGGCACUUAUGAGACAGGUAUUGAUCUUAUGUAUAAAUAUUGACAAGAAAGUAAGUAUUUCUCAAAUUGUCAAACUAUUCCUAAAAAAACCUUAAUGUAUGUGAUUGCAACAUCUCUGUGUGGUUUUUCCAAUGGCCUGCAAUGAGAUGAUUUACCAAACCAAAGCGUCGUCUCUCGGCACUAAAAUGUAUGAGCACUUUAGUCCUUGUGGCAGCCAACAGCAUACUAACAAUCAAGCGUGCCUUAACAAGUAUUUGCAUUCAUUCAGACUGCUGUGCAUGAUGGGCCAUGGGCGGGUUUUCAAGUAGCCCUAUAAAUACACCGUUGAAUGUGUUAAGUUGUUUAAAAGUUCUGUCAAUAACAAACAGAAAAUACACUCCUGACUCAUCUCAAACCGAAUGGAUGUUGAGACGAAUAGCUGCAUCUAACCCAUUUUAUCAUCCUGCCUUCAUAUCAGGCAGAUGCAGGUUUUAAACCAUGGUAUGCAAUUCUCCUGUAUGGUCCUUGGGCAAUAAUGCAAAUAACUUUAUCAGUUUUUAUCAUGCAUCAUUCAUGAAAUGCCUUAAAUUGACCAAGAAGUAUCUUUUUCUUUUCGAUGUAUUUGUUAUUUCCACCAGGCCUAAGCCCAGGGAGAGCUUUGUGUUCGUCCGUGUGCGUCUGUGACAGUGCGAAUGGCUAAUCUCGCAUUCUGUUGCAGCAAACUGCAUUAUAUGUUGGGUGGCCAGCUUUGGCUGCAUGUUUAAGAACCUCUCCGGGUUGCAGUGACAUAUUGUGUAGCCCUUUUUAAACUGCUAUUGCCUGUUUACUCCUCACUCAGCACUCUUAACUGGCCCCCGACUGG